AUGUCUGCGUCAAGUGUGAUUGUCAGUAAAGCUUCGAAUGAAGACGAAAAAGAAGCACUAAAUAAAGUCCCACCACAUCAAAAUUCUGAAGUUCCAGACGGAGGCUUUGGCUGGUUCGUGGUCGUGGCAUGCUUCAUUUACAACUUUUCAAGCUGGGGCGCCAAUUCAAGUUAUGCUAUCUUUAUAGAGCAUUAUAUCAGUGAUGACACGUUCAAGGAUGGCAGCAGCUUAAACUUUGCAGCCAUAGGCGGGCUAACUUUCGGUACCGGAUUUAUGUUCGCUCCCAUUAUUACAUGGAUUCACCGGCGUUUUGGACCGCAGAUCGUCAUAGGCAUGGGUAUAAUCUUUCAAGGUACUGCAUUUAUGCUGGCUGCAUAUUCAAAGUAUAUUUGGCAAUUGUAUCUCACGCAGGGUGUUCUCCUCUCCUUUGGAUUGGCUUCUCUGUUCAUACCCAGUAUCACAUUGAUUCCGUUCUGGUUUCUUCGGAAACGGGCACUUGCAAUGGGUUUAGCCACCAGCGGAAGUGGAAUUGGCGGUAUUAUUUUCAAUCUGGCUACUGAGAAAAUCAUUCAAGUUCGCAGUGUCAAAUGGGCCCUAAUCAUUCAAUUUAUCAUAUGCUUGGUCCUCAAUUCGAUUGCAUUAAUGUUAACCAGAACACCAGGAAGUACCGGUUCUAAGAAGACGAAAGCAAGCAUUCAACUAUUCGACAAGCAGUUAUUUUCCACAGUGGGGUUCUGGCUUUUACUAGGUUGGGUUUCCUUCACAAUGUUCGGUUAUGUUAUUGUACUAUUUUCACUCUCAGAUUUUACGGUAAGCCUUGGUUACUCCUCAAGACAAGGCUCAUAUGUGACCUGUAUGAUAAGUGUAGGAUGGACUGUUGGGAGGCCGAUUAUCGGAUACCUAUCAGAUAGAUUUGGGGCUUUAACUGUUGGAUUCCUGGUACAUUUGAUUUUGGCCAUCCUAUGCUGGGCCAUGUGGAUUCCGUGCCAGAACUUGGCCACCGCAAUCGCAUUUGCUCUACUUCAAGGAUUGCUGAUGGGCACCAUAUGGACAACUUUAGGAUCUGUCACUGCCAGAGUGGUAGGUUUACAAAAAAUGAGUAUUGCUUUUGGAACAGUGUGGAUGUUUAUGGCCGCUUUUGGGAUAUCCGCGCCAAUCAUUGGUCUUGAACUAGUUCCAUCUGAAAACAGCCCCCAAGGUCCUAGCUAUACAAAAACAGCGAUAUUCAGUGGGUUUGGUUACUUCGGAGCAGCGUUGUGUCUGUGGAUACUGAGAGGCUACAUAGCGGCACGUGACACUGUUGCCAAGUCGUCAAAGGAGGAUGCUAACGAGUUGAGUUAUCGAGCAGAACCCUUAAAGGUCAUAAAUGGAAUGUUUCAAUUCAGAAACCUGCCCAAAAAGAUCUAG